UUUGGUGCCGUCAGACUGGGCCGACCAGGGGUGGACUGCUACUGUCAACAUGAGAGCGGAGCAGCUGUUCUUCAACUUCAGUUCCUCAUCAAUGAGGGGGCGCUGGUCACAGCCUGUGCAGACGACACACUACACCUGUGGAAUCUGCGCCAGAGACGACCGGCAGUCUUGCAUUCACUCAAAUUCAACAGAGAGAGGAUCACCUUUUGCCACCUGCCCUUUCAGAGUAAAUGGCUGUACGUGGGGACGGAGCGUGGAAACACACACAUCGUCAACAUUGAGUCUUUUAUUUUGUCUGGAUAUGUCAUCAUGUGGAACAAGGCCAUAGAACUAUCAACUAAAACUCACCCAGGUCCUGUAGUUCAUCUGAGUGACAGCCCAAAGGACGAAGGCAAGCUCCUUGUAGGAUUUGAGGGAGGAACCAUUGUGCAGUGGGACCUCCGGGCCAAGAAGGCCGACUUCAGAAUCUACUAUGAUGAGGCUAUCCAUUCAGUCAGUUGGCAUCAUGAAGGGAAGCAGUUUAUGUGCAGCCACUCGGACGGCAGCCUGACGCUAUGGAACCUCAGAAACACUACCAAGCCAUUCCAGGUCACCUUUCCUCACGGAAAGAUACAGAAGGAUGGGAGAAAGGAGUCAUGCAAACCAAUACUCAAAGUAGAGUACAAGACCUCAAGGAGCAGCGAGCCUUUUGUUAUCUUCUCUGGUGGUCUUUCAUACGACAAGGCGGGCCGGCGGCCUGCUUUAACCAUCAUGCAUGGCAAGGCCAUCACGGUUCUAGAAAUGGACUAUCCUAUUGUGGAGUUCAUGGUCCUCUGCGAAACUCCCUACAACAACGAAGUCCAGGACCCUUAUGCGGUGGUGGUGCUGUUGGAGAAGGACUUGAUUGUGGUGGAUCUGACACAAAGCAACUUUCCUGUGUUUGAGAACCCAUAUCCCAUGGAUAUCCAUGAGUCUCCUGUUACCUGCACAGCUUAUUUUGCAGAUUGCCCACCAGACAUUAUCCCCAUUCUCUACUCAAUAGGAGCUAAAAACAAGAAGACUGGCUAUAGCCACAAGGAAUGGCCAAUUGGUGGCGGAACAUGGACAUUAGGCUCUCACACUUAUCCAGAAAUCAUCAUCACAGGACAUGCUGAUGGGUCAAUAAAAUUUUGGGAUGCAUCUGCAUUCACACUACAGAUGUUGUACAAGCUGAAGACCUCCAAAGUGUUUGAGAAGCCAAAGCCAGGUGACGGCCGGGCUGCUGAGCUGGGGGAGGAAGACCCUUUUGCUGUUCAGAUGGUUAGCUGGUGCCCUCAUAGUCGCAUCUUCUGUGUGGUCGGCAUCUCGGCUCACAUUAUUCUGUAUCGCUUCAGCAAAUAUGAUGCCAACACUCAGAUAGUGUCCUUAGAAGUGCGCUUGCAGUGUGAGCCGGAGGAUAUUAUCACUCCAUCUGAGAAUGAAAACAAUCCCUGCUUCUCAGAGCCAGGCUCCCACUCACCCCAACCCCACCACCAAUACCCGGUUAGCCCUGGCAGCAGGACACCAGACGGUGCUAGAGACAGCAUCCCCUGCCUCAAAGUAAAGGACAAAAUGGUCCGGGUCCCUCCUGGCUAUCAGUCAGACUUGGUCAUCCAGCUGCUGUGGGUGGAUGGUGAACCGCCACAGCAAAUCACCAGUCUGGACCUCAAUUCUGCAUAUGGGCUAUUGGCGUUUGGGAACUGUAACGGUCUUGCAGUGGUUGACUACUUACAAAAAACUGUUAUAUUGUGCAUUUCGACACUGGAUCUAUACGGAGCCACCGAUCCCUAUCAGCGCCUUACUCGUUCCCCCCGUAGGAACAGGCAGUCCACCUCAGAGCAUUGCAUGCGCGGCCUGUCUAACUUUUAUUCAGAUUCAAAGAAAAGGAUCCGUACAUCCUAUCAGAGCCUUACUGAACUCACUGACAACCAGCAGUCCAUAGACAUGGAAAGAAGCAAGUCGCCCACUUCAGUUCAUUACCCAACCUCCCUUCACAAUGAUCCACGCAUCCUGCCAGAGCCUGUGGCCAGUCUGAGAGCCAGCCACUGCAGUCCAGUCUUUUACUUACUGGACAAUGUAAAGGGACCCGGCAGAAAGUUAAGUCUGCCCACAGAUCUUAAGACUGAUCUUGAUCAUGUCAAUGGACAUUGCACUAGUCCCACCUCUCAGCCCUGCUCGGCGGGGAAGCCUCGCAUUCCAAUGGGUCCCGAAGGGCCACGGCUAACCCGCAGAGGCCCUGGCCGACCACCCUUCCGAAAGGCCCAGUCUGCUGCUUGCAUGGAGAUCUCUUUGCCUGUGUCCCACACUGAAGGGCAUGCAUCAAGGAGGGCAAUGCUUCAGCAGUUACACGGAGUCACUAUGUACUCCCAUGACGAGCACCACACCACCGCCGCGUACUGCUGGAACGAGAGAGAGAGUCGUGAAAACUCCUUCAGCCGCUCUCGCAGUUCCAGCGUGUCUAGCAUUGACAGGGACACCAAAGAAGCUAUCACCACACUGCAGUUUGGAGAGUCCUAUGGACGCAAGAGUGAUGCCCUGCCCACACCAUGUCUGUGGGUAGGGACUAGCUUAGGAGUGGUCAUCCUUAUCCCACUAUCGAUCCCCACUGACCACGACGAGAGGAUGGAGGACCCUGUCACUGUUGGCCCUAGUGGAGCAGUCCUAAUGUUAAAAGGCUCUGUGCUUCGCUUUGGUUUCUUGGACUGCAAUGGAGCUCUAAUUCAGAGCCCAUAUGAGGUUUGGCGGGACCUGAAUGCCCCAGAGGACCCUGACAGACCACGGAGGCGCAAGCUGGUCCACUUUUCCCCGUCCUCUUCCCAGGAUGCCUUUGGAGAGGGACAUUUGGCCGUGGUGUGCUCUGAGAGGCAGGCCAAAGUCUUCUUGAUGCCCUCACAGUCAUGCCUCUUUGUCCACAACAUCACAGAGUCGUCCUUUGUGCUUCGAGCUGAUGUGGUAUCUCUGUGCAACAGUGUGUGCCUGGCCUGCUUCUGCGCUAACGGACACGUCAUGACACUCAGUUUGCCCAGCUUAAGGCCGCUGAUGGAUGUCAAUUACCUGCCUCUGACAGACAUGCGCAUAGCAAGAACCUUUUGUUUCACCAAUGAGGGGCAGGCACUGUAUCUCAGCUCCCCGACAGAAAUCCAGAGAAUUACAUACAGCCAGGAAAUGUGUGACAACCUGCAGGAAAUGCUUGGGGAACUGUUUACUCCAAUAGAAACACCAGAAGCUCAAAACAGAGGAUUUUUAAAGGGCUUCUUUGGAGGAAACGCCCAUACUUUCGACAGAGAGGAGCUUUUUGGUGAGGCAGCAGCUGGGAAGGCUUCUCGGAGUCUGGCACAGCACAUCCCCGGCCAGGGAGGUGUAGAAGGCAUGAAGGUGGCGGCGAGUGGAGCGGUGGGGGAGCUGGCUCGGGCUCGCAUCGCUCUGGAUGAGAGAGGCCAGAGGCUGGGGGAGCUGGAGGAGCGGACCGCCCUGAUGAUGACCAGUGCAGAAACUUUCUCCAAACAUGCUCAUGAGAUGAUGCUGAAGUGUAAGGACAAGAAGUGGUACCAGUUCUAACAUCGGGACGGCGGGAUGAGGCUGCCACUGGCCUAUCAAGAACUUCAUGCUGCGACUGGACUUUCACAUGUGAAAUGAAAGCAAUCAGAAGAGACAGAAGAGUGACUUUGUCUUUACAGCUUUUAGAACUAGCUGUGUGUACUUCAGUGUCACUUUGCUGAAGGACGAGAGCAGGUUUAUUCCUCGUCUAGACGGGAGGUAAUACGGACAGUUGGGGACAGUUUGACGGUCUAAAGAAAGAACUUGAAAUAUCCAACAAUGUGGUGUGAGUGUGUGUAUGCGUGUUUGUCUGAGUGUGAGCUUGUAUGGUUGGGAUUUCUGGAUCUUACUGUGUAGAUACUCAAAAGUUAUGAAACCAACAAGAAAUGCAUGAAACAGCAAUGGAUGAGUAUUAAAAAAUAUCCAACUGCCAUAUUAAAAAGCAGCAUGCUAAUUUAAGAGGAGAUUUAAAAUGAUUAAAAAAAGAACUUUUAUUUAUGAUGUAAGCCAACGACAGAAACUAUGAAAAACUUUAUAUUUUUGAGAUACUGGCAAAAAAAAAUAAAAAAAAAUAAAAAACUAUAUCUAAAAAGGGAAUCGUAUAACUGCAUUGCUAUUAAGCCAAAACUUGUGUUACUUUCCCUUUUUUAAUUUUCAUUUAUGGUUAAUUUUAUUAGUCUUUUUAUUAGUCUAAGCAAAUAUUACUUAAUACAAUAUAAAUGCACAUAAAUAACUAUCUACACAGACUUGGAAUAAUGUAAUAUUCAAACUUUCUUCUAACUUCAUUUACUCUGGGCUGCACAAUGCAAAUUUAAAUAAGUAGUAAUAACACUUAACUCUGCAAAGUCUGAUCACCCUAACGUGUUUUCACUGUUUGAGCUGCUGCUACUCUCAAAUACAUUGGAUGACAAAGACAACUCCAUACUCAAAAGGUGUGUAAAAACAGCAACUGAAGUGACAUAGAUGAGGACAGUGUAUUCUGAAUCGUGUGUUUAUAUCUGUUGUACAAACCUAUAUACAGUUUGUGUGCCAUAAAAAGCAAGUAGGAGGAAUCUUUUCACUGGAAGCUUAAGCAAGACGAGGGCAUUAGCGGGAGCGAUAGAUCUUAAAGAAUUACAUAUGAAGUUCUUCGUAGAGGGCAUAUCAAAAUUCAUUUCCUUUUUUUUCUUUAAACAAUAUAUACAAGGGCAGUGGAGGUUUUUGAAAUGGGUGAAUUUGCAGGACUGCAUCCGGUUGAAGGGUGGCACUAGCACUUGGGAGGAAAAACUAUUCUCUAAUCCAUCUAUUGCAUACCAACUGGUUUUAUUAUUGCUUAUCUGCAUGUUUAUUCAAUUGGGACUCAGGAUCAACAGAGAAAAUAUGUCCCUGUAUUGCGGGUAGAGAAAGACUCUUAGGUUGGCACCUGUAUCACAACUUUUAAUUUGGUCCACAAUGAAGAAUUUUCUUUGCUUCAAAUUAGUACUGAAUGUAUUUUGUAAUUUCUUUUUUUUUUUUUUUUUUAAAUACGAAUAAUUUCAACCGGUCAAACUUUGAAGGUUUAUUAAUCUACAUGAGCGGUAGAUUUAAGACACAUUAAAACCUUUAUUCUGUUUAUGAAAACACAAAAAUGUAAUUAUUUUAUCUUUUUUUCUUUUUCUUACAUUUUGGCACUGAAACAUAAAAAUCUGGAGCCAGAAGGAAAGGGACUCGCGCAGGUCACCUUUAAUGCAAGUAAACAAAGGCGUUUUUUAAUGUAGGUCUUUAACAGCCUCUGUUGGACGUCAAAGUUUAGCAAGCCUUUGGGUUGUGUGUGUGUGCGUGCGUGUGUGUGUGUGUUCAAGAAAGAUUUCAAAUAUUACUUUUUUUUUUCUGUCAAAGCAAUCAAAAAAUGUGCCCUCCCAUCUUUUCAGUGUUAAACCCAAAUAGGCAUUUACUCGCAACCCAGGACGGCGUGCGUUGUGAUUUUCAGUUUUUCCGAUAAAAGUGAGUUGAGAUCACAUCAGUUUCAUCUCUGCCGUCUGUGAGUAGUGUAUCUGUAAACAGUUCAGGGGAAAUAACAGAUUUUUUUUUUUUUUUUAGUGAUGUUCAAAUGUUGAGUCAGUGAAGAAAAAUAUGUAUAUGUGUAAAACAUUUGCAGAAAUUUCAACUGGAGGCAAAAAUGGUUGUUUUUUUCUUUCUUUUCAAUAUUGUUCUUACUGACUAUGAUAUCCUUGUGUCGCAGUCAAAUAUUUGAUGGUUACAGCCUCUUCACUGAUGGCUUAUGUAUUUUUAAAAGCAACUAAUGUUUUAUGAUACAUAGUCGUGUAUCAAAUUGUGAUUGUGUUGUACGUCAGUGGGUAGCCACACGACACAGACUAACAGCGUCAAACAAGAAGGAUAUUUUGUACUUGUGAACUCGUCCGUAUUUUGAACUGACAUGAAAAAAAAAAAAAUCCAAGGGUACCAACUUUGAUCACUCGCGUGUUUUUUAUCCUUUGGAGCAUCACCACAUCGAGGGUAAAAUAAAUUGCCUCGGUCAAGUAGAGGCCGGUUUCACAUCCAAGAUGAGACAUACAUUAAAUGCAUUUAAAAUCUGUAAAACAAAGAUCCACAAGUAAAUCGGUCAUUUCCACCAGCUUUGUCGGGCUGCUGAGACAUUCCUUAGACUCAAAUGGCCUGCAUACAAACAUAAACUAACCUAAACAUUCUGAGCUUUCACAGUGGAGCUACAUGAAUAAAAAGAAAAAAACACCAUGAUUUUGAUUCAAUAAUACAUCAUCCUCUUAUCUCUGUACCGUCAGUGACAUUUGUGUUCUGUGCAGUUCUUUCAGUGGCAGAGAAUACGCAUAAAAAGAAAACAAAACCAAAAUUCAGAAGGAAAAACAAAAAC